AUGGUGUUGAAUUCAGCAUGGUAUUCAAAAAACAAAGAUAGAAAUUUACAUCGACAUCCAUGUUUUUUUGGUACUAUGGAACAAAUUUUUCAUGAUUGUUGUGGUACAUGCCCUGAGCCAACAACUGAAGAAGAAAAAAUAUUACAGAAAGAAGAGGAUGAAGUUUUUAUCCGUGGUGAAAUAAGUUUUAUUGCCGAUGAUCCUGGUAGACAAAAAAUAGGUAGUUUCCAUCCACUUGAUGAUGAUGAUUGGGCUGUCGAAGCUUAUAUAUCUCCUGCUAGGGAAGAUUUAUGUUCGGCUUCAGCUAAAGGUGAUUUAGAAAUAGUCAAAAGAUUGCAAACAGAUAAUAUUGAUAUAAACACAAGAGAUUAUUUGGGUAGAACACCGUUGCAAUUAGCAGUGCUUGGAAAUCAUAUCGAGCUAGUUGGGUUAUUGUUAGAAUAUGGAGCAAAAAUAACUGCGAGAAUGAUUGAUGGAAAAACUGUUGUUCAUUUAGCUUCACAAUUUGGAUAUCUGGAAAUUUUAAAGCUACUAUUUAGAAAAAGUGACCAGAAUAAAAAUGAGUCAGAAGAACAAAAAUAUCAAAAGUCACUUAAAGAAGUCGAGGAAAGUUUUCAGAACGUCAAUAAAGAUCAAGAUGAAGAUGACGAUGGGUCGGAUGAAUCUUUAGAAGUUAUUGAUAAGAUGGAAAUAGAUGAAAAUCUCCCACCACCAAAAGAUAAGGUUAAUUAUGGUCCAAAAGCAGCUUCUAAUCAGGAAACAAACGAAGAAGAGCUAGAAAAUGAAGACAUUAUUGAUAUAAAUAUUGAAUCAUGGGAUCAUUCAAUGGCUGCAUUAGAUUAUGCAAUUUUAUUUGGUCAAUUGGAAGUUGUUAAGUAUUUAAUCAACCUGGGAGCAAAUGUACGCCGAUAUAUUAAAAUAGAGAAAGUACCAAAUGUCCCAUCUUAUUACAGUAUAAAUAUUUCAAAAAUUUAUUAUCCGUUGUCAUUGUGCAUGUUACUAAUAAAUGAGAAAAUUGGAUUACAAAUUGCCACAUUAUUAUUGGAAAAUGGUGCAAUGGUUUCUCAGAUUGAUCCAAAAGCUUCAAGAGUUAUAAAUAGUUUAAAUUCAAAAUAUGAAACUCCAUUUCUGAUUGCCGUACAGAAUGGAAACAAAGAAAUUGUUGAAUUAUUAUUAAAGAAUGGCGCACAUGCUCAUAUUACACUUGAAGAUUGCCAAGAUUAUUCAAAGCGUUAUAAUAAAUCAGAUGGUAAAGUGAUAUAUAAAACGAUUAAACAGCCAGUAACAUUGUCAUUGGAAAAUGGAUUGUAUAAGAUUUUAAUCGAAUCUGGUGCAGAUAUUAAUUCACUUAUUUUCCAAGAGUAUCGCUACUCUGUUAUUAAUUUUGACAAUAUGACAAUUAGAGAUAAAAUUGAAAGUUUAAUUGAAGAAGCUCAAAAACGAUUAUCAGAUUAUGAACUUAAACUUGAUUUGAAAUCAAAUAAAGGAAUGACGAUUAUCGAUAAUAAAGAUAUUAUUAAUAAAUAUCUUGAAGAUCUGUUAGUUCAAGAAAGACAUAAAACCAACUUGAAUUCAUACAGAUCAUAUCUUUUGAAAAAAUUAAAUGUAAAUGAUCUAUAUAAUUUUGUUCAAGGAACUUUACCACAAUAUUUAAGUUUAACAAAUAAUAAUCAAAUAGCUGUUGACACUUCAACUGUUCAUAGUGUUGAUCAGAUUAAAUUAGAGAUUAAUAAGUAUGAACAAUUAUUAAUAAAAUAUCAAGAAUGUCGGGAAUAUUUAUUAGAAAAAGGUGCUAAAAGAUAUAAAACAAUCAAAUUUGAAGAAGAAAAAAUCAUUUCUAAGAAAUUGAUUUUUCAACAUCAGCAAGAAUUGGAUAAUUUAAGUGUAUUAAAAUCCCAGGCAAAAACAGAAGAUGAAAAAGCCAAGAUUAUUCAACAAAAAAGUUUUUUGGAAAAGAUUAUAAAACAACAAGAAACAAAAAUUAAUAAUUUAACAAAAGAGUAUAAGAAAGCAACAAACACAUUAGACUUUAAACAAAAAAAUUUAAAGCACAAUGAGAAUUAUCCUGAUAGAUUAAAAUUCUUAAAAUUUGUAAAAGCUUUUGGUCAUAACAUUAGAGUAUCUGAUGCAUUAAAACCUGAUUAUAUAAAAUUAUAUCAAGCUAUUUAUGAUGACAACUUUGAAAUUGUUGAAAAUUUAAGUAAAAGAUUAAUUAUAGCUGUAAAAGAUCGAAAUAAUAUUACACCAUUUUUAUGGGCUGUAAUAUUGGGAAGAAAUAAAAUUGCUAUAACAUUAUUAAAAAUUGCAACUGCUCAAUAUCGCCCAUUGCCUUCCGACGAUGACGAAGGAGAUGAUAAGAUUAAAGAGGAAAAAGAAGCCUUUAAAAAACAAAUGGUUAAUAAUUACGAAUUGAUCGAUCAAAGUAGUUAUAAUUAUUCUGAUGAUGAAGAACCUGGUGUCGAUGAUGACGAUGACAUAUAUCGAUUUUAUGAGUCAUCCUUAGUAACUUUGACAAUACCUUCUGAUAACGAAUCAUCAAAAUUUAUCAAGUUUAAGACGCAAAUUAAUGUAUCUGGAUUAGAAUUGUUAUUGACAUUGACUAAAUUUGAUAAAACUGAACUAUCUCCGAAGGCGUUCAUUAAAAAUCACAGUUCUUGUGAUUUAGAUGCAUUGAAAUUUGCUACUAUAAAAAAUAAUAUUGAAUUGGUUAAAAAUAUCCUUGAGUGGGCUAAAAAUUAUAAGAUAACUAAAGACGAUAAUUAUAUGACGGCUGAUGAAAAAGAUGGUGGAUUAGUGACAUCUUUGCUACGUGGAAAUAAUUAUGCUAGUUAUACACUUUCUUCUUAUUCUGACAAGGCAAGUAUUAUGGAAUAUGCAAUUUUAUUUGGACAUUUAGACUUGCUAGAUCUAUUUAUUGAAUUUGGUGUAGGCGGAAAUAAUUUUGCUAUAUUUGACAUAGGCGAUAAGAAGGAUGGAAUAAUUGAAAUCGAAAAACCAAAAUGGUAUCAAGGUCUAGAUGUUGAUGGAUCCAAGAAAAAAUCAUGGGUAGUACGUUAUAUGCCAAAUUCACAUGAAAAUUUUGUUCAACCUUCAUUUUUAUUUUAUGCUUCAUUCUAUGGCUCAAUAAAAAGUAUUGAAUACUUUUUAUCUGAAAGACCAAUUAAGGCAUUAGAAAAAUUUGCAAAGAAAAAAGAUAAUCGUAAAGAUAACAGGUUGAAAGUAUUAAGUAAGGAAGAAGAUAUAAAAAAGGUUGGAAGAAAAAUAUUUGGAUUUUUUUUGUUUAGGGAUGAAACACCAUUUCAUUGGGCUGUACAAGGCAAUCGACCUAAAGCUUUGAUUUCAUUAGCAGAAUCUUAUAAAAAACUGCAAGAGUUUAAUCAACAAAGAUUAGAGUCAUUGUUAGAUAAAAAAUCGAUUAAAGAUGGAAUGACAGCUUUAAUAUUGGCAGUAAAAUUACAAAAUACUGAAUGCUUGAAAACUUUGAUUGAAUUAGGAGCUGAUCCUGGGAUUGUUGAUGAUUUUGGUUUUACUAUCGCACAUUAUGCUAGUUGUGACGGAGAAACUUCAAUUUUGAAAUUAUUAUAUCAAAUGUUAGAACCUUCAACAUAUCUAAGAAUGAUUGAACAUGGUAAUAAAUCUUUUGGGCAUACACCGAUAUCAUAUGCAAUCAUGAAAGGCUGGAAAGAUGUCCUUGUUUUAUUUAUACAACAAAUAACACAAUUAACAAGCACCUUGAAUAUUAGAAAUAAUAUAUAUUCAUAUGAUUUUGAAAGUAAUUCGUAUUUGCAUUUAUCGAUAAAAGAAGGUUUUAUUGAUCUGGUAAAAAUACUUCUUGAAUGGGAAAAAGUAUUUAACGAAGUGCAAGAGCCAGGAGAUUCAAUGUUAAUCGUAGAAGAGGCAAAAAAGGAAAAAAAAGGAAGAAAUUAUUUAUAUUCUGAAAAUGUUUUUGGUCAAAUUUCAAUUGAGAUGGCAAUGCAGAUGAUACUUUUAAAUAUUUGUCAAGAACAAGAUUUAUUUAUUGAAGAAAAUUUUAAAUUCGAUGAAUUUGAUGAAAUUAAUCGUGAUAGACAAGUAAUUGAAAAUAUAUUUAAUAAAAAUGAAAUUUUAAAAGCUACAACAAUGACAGAAAACAUCAAAGAAUACUAUAUACUUAAGACUAAUAAACAAAAAGUUCAAGAGAUAAAUUAUCGUAGAAGAGUUCUUAAUUUUAUUAAAGAAUUUUAUUUACAAAAUCAACAAGAGAUUACAAAAAAUGGAAGAAAGCCAAUCAGGAAUUUAAUAGGAUUUAAGGCUGUUGAUACAUAUACUAAUAAUUGUAUGAAAACAAUGAAAACAGGAAAAUACAAUUUACAAAAUCCUAACAAAGAUAAAUUACAUAUUUGGUUAGCCCAAAUCUAUUAA